AUUAUAGAAAACAAAUCAUUAUAUGUAUUGCAUACGUAUUGGGCACACGCUCUAUACGAGUCUUAUUUGUGUUUGGUCAAGACGCUUAGACGAAAUAAACUUUAAUGAAAAUGAGUUAACAAUUCGAUUUUCCCAGUAAUAAUUAUUUCUGAGUGUGCAAGAUAGUGUUUGUUAUAGAGAUACUGUCCACAUAUGUUAGUUGUUAGCGAUAACAGAGCGAAAUGAGUUAUAGUUUGUGUUUUGUUAAUAGUUAAUUUAAUCUCGAAUAGUGAUAGUUUGUCUCAAAAUUUGUAAAAUCAAGACUGUGAACUGUGUCAAGUUAUAACCUUUUAGCAAAAAAUGACGAAUAGAUCAACUGAAGAAGAGCUACUGCAGCCAGAGGAAUCAAACGCAAACGUCAUUGUGUCAUCAAAACAAUCGCCCGAAAAGCGUGAACAUGAGGACGAUCCUGCCCAGAAAAGUCUGCUGGAGGAGAAAAACGAUCAAAUUGAAAUCGGAAAAUCUACUGACAAAGGAGUCUUUCAUCAAGCUCUGUUGACCGGCGCCGUUUUGCUCAUUGGGGCUGCUGGUGGUAUGCCAAUUGGAUUUUCGAACGUAAUAUUGCCCCAACUAACCAAUUCUACGGAUCCUUUAGACAUGGACUUAGACACUGGAUCAUGGUUCGCAAGCAUUCACAGUCUCUCUGCGCCGAUUGGGGCAUUCGUGUCUGGACCAGUGAUGGACCGAUACGGCAGAAGAGCGGCACUGAUGGCCGUUGGCCCAACGAUGAUGCUCGGCUGGAUAUUAAUUGCUUUAGCAUCAUCGCAUGCUUUUUUGUUAGCUGGAAGAUUUAUAGCAGGAAUUGGUGUCGGAAUGUUGACAGGACCGGCUCAGAUAAUCAUCGCAGAAUGUUCUGAACCAAGACUUCGUGGAUUUUUUAUGAGCGUUCCGUUCGUUUCCUAUGCAGCUGGAAUACUAUUAAUUUACUUUCUCGGAACAUUCUUAAACUGGCGAACGGUUGCGUGGUGGUGUAACGUCUUACCGAUUUUAUCGUUUAUCGCAGUGUUCUUGGUACCGGAAAGUCCAGUGUGGUUGGUAAAGAGAAAAAUGUAUAGUGAAGCGGAAGCAGCACUCACUUGGUUAAGAGGCAAUCCAGUCGCCGUAAGAACAGAACUGUCAGAAUUGGUCAAACGAUGUGAAGACCAGAACACAAUAACGGGUGGAAAUGAGAGCAUAUUCAAGACUUGCGCCAGACCAUCCGUUCUAAAACCGUUGGUUCUGAUCAACAUAUUUCACCUAAUGAUGAUUCUGUCAGGAACAUAUCUCAUCAUUUUCUACGCCUCCAAGAUCAUAUCGGACUUCGGAACGGAGGUGAACACCUCAACAGCAGCAGUGUACACCGCUAUCGCGCGAGUUAUCUUCACAAUUUCCGCUAGUUUCCUAAUGUACCAUCUGAAACGUCGAACAUUGAGUAUUGUGUCGGGCGUCGGUUCAUGUCUCAGUACCAUAAUUCUAGCGGUUUUCACUUACAGUCGAAUGGGUGAACAAAAAUCAUCCGUUGAUAUAAUUGUGCCAGCAAUUUGUAUCCUGUGCUACCUUGCGGCAAAUACGAAUUUUAUGGUAUUACCAGGCGUCAUGGUGGGCGAGUUACUUCCUGCUCAUGUGCGGGGUCGGGUUGCCGGUUACAUAUUUGUGUUGUACAAUAUUAUGAUCUUCCUUGCCACCAAACUGUUUCCGUACUUAAGUAUUUACCUGAAAUCGCACGGAGUAUUCAUGAUGUUCGGAUUGGCCAGUUUCGGAGCCGCACUGCUCAAUUAUUUGAUUCUACCCGAAACGAAAGGCAAAACUCUGGGCGAAAUUGAGGACUAUUUUCAGGGGAAAAAUUGGUUUUGGUUCGCGAGAAAAAAUCGCAAAAACGAUCCAGGUAAAGUGGUACCACUUUAGGCACGUGCCUAAUGAGCAAUACGAUGAGACCACGGCAUGAGCUAGUUAAAGUGUGUAUGUACCUACAGUGUAUUAAUUGACAUAAUGUGAUAUUAGCAUUCACUUAUCUCUUUCGAAAUAAACGACCAUUUUAAUAUGCAGACAA